AUGGCGACCGAGGCGCCAGACCCACGAACCUUCCAGACAUGGGAAGACGCGUUUCAAUACCCGAUACCCGUCAUUCGUAAGCUCGAACAACAACUGCGCAACAAUGCCGACGAGAAUCGAGAGAAGCUGCGGUCACUCGUGGGAGCGAGCUAUCGUAGUCUCCUCGACACGGCCGAAACGAUCAUCGACAUGGAAGUGCGCAUGGAGCAGGUUGAAAGUAGGCUUGCAAGAGUAGGGCAGAGUUGCAACUCACGAGGCCUGGAGAAGAUAAUAAACAACGCGGGCAAGAUGGAUACGCAUACACGAAGUCGCGAUGCGGAGCGUUAUACUUUCGCAUCCCAGCUCUCAGUCAUGCGCAAUGCGCCUGUGGUCAUGACGCGGCUUAUGAAAAGAGAAGGAUCCUAUCUGCUUAUUGCAAAAGUCCUGGUCAUCUCGAGACUACUCCACAAGUCGCUCAGCCAGUCCAGCAACAAAGCACCAAUCGUCGAUCAGCUGUGGGAGCGACUGCUGUCGGUACGGAGGAAGCUUCUCAGAAGGAUUGACAAGCGCCUCUCGAAUACAAACGGCGAGACAGCGAGCCUGGUGGAAAGCAUGUGUGCGUAUGCGCUUGCGACGAGCUCCACACCGACCGAUGUCUUAUACCAUUUCCACAAGAUGCGGUUGGAAAAGGUGAACAGUGAACUUAGGGCAGGGGGCGAUGAGCUUGCGAAGCAUGGCAUUAGUGCGCUCAGGCUAUGUAUCCAGACAUGUCUUGAUACACAAACCAUCUUUCCGCGGCGCUUAGCAGAGGCUCUGGGAAAGCUGAAGGCGCACCCGUUAAUACAAGACCCCGACGUUCGCGGUCUCUACGAGCUGAAUCUGGAUGUACACGACCGGUGGUUAGGCGAUGAGGCUCGGAACUACACGCCAUGGCCGCGACAUGACGAGCUGCAGCGGCCGGAAGCAGAGCGAAUACUUCACCGCUGGUCAAAAGACGCUAUCGCCGCUUUUCUCAAGGGUGUACAGAAAGCACUAGAGGCAGAAGAACGACUAAAGGAGGUUGCGGACUUGAGACAAGAGCUGAUCGAGACUUGGAUAUUGUCCGGCUCGCGAAUGGCAGGCAUCAAGUCAGCCAACGUUCUCGAUGAUCUGCGAGACACGAUGAAUGACAAGCUUGAGGGUAUAGUGCGAUCGCGUACAAAUGGGCUACAAGAUGUAGUUACCGAGCUUAAGAACCGACUGGAUAUAAUGGCCUCGUCAGACAAAGCCGUGGCGCUUUCACUCUGGGACACGACCAACAGGGCGUCGGAUCUGAGCAAUGGUGCGCAAAUCUUCAAAUCCACCAUACUGAACACCUAUCAAGGGCGUGAUGAGUCUGUUAUCAGCGUCACAUCUGCCUUUGAUAAGUGGAUGGAAUCUGUCUUAGAAGUCAAGAGCAUUGUCAAGAGCAUGAAGGAAGCGCGGUGGGACGAUACUUUCGCAGACGAUAUCGACGACGAACCCGACGACGAGCUUGGUGAUUCAAAACAAGCGCUCCUUAGUGACGAUGAUCCGAAGCUGCUGGAAGAAGCUACUCAGGAAGCCCUGAGCGAAGCAAUGCAAAACCUAAGUCGCAGCUUCAACGCGAUCGUCAAGAAGUCUGAUGGAGAACAGUCAACACAAAAGGCAACCUUCAUGCUCCGCGUGGUCAGGGAGAUUGGCGAUCGGAUACCGCAGCUGCGGCUCCAAGAUAAGGCAACACCUCUAACAUCGCCCUUCACUUCAAACAUUCUUCAACCUCUGCAUAAUACGCUGGCUUUGCGCGUCACGCAACCGACUGUGAAGGCUUACAAGGUAUCGCUUUCAGAUCCAAAUAGAGUCAAGACGAGUAGCAAUAUCCUGUGGGAAGGGCAUCCACCAUUACCAAGUCAGCCGUCACCCAGUGCAUUCAGGUUCCUGCGCGAGCUGAACAAGAACAUGGGAGUUCUCGGUAGCGAUCUCUGGGCGCCUGGCAGUGUUUAUGUGCUGAAAAGUGGAGUGGCCGACGAAGUAGUCAAAGCCGUCCAAGAGCAUCUCGACGCCAUGGAUGCGCAUACCAAAGAGCCGAGCCCACCUGCUGAUAACACCAACGAAGAAAAGGAGGAAGAUGAAGAGUCUGCAACGACCGAUGAGAUGAAGAAACCAGAACUCACCAUAUCAACGUCGAACCACAUCGAAGCGAAGGAGCAGAGAGUCAAACAGCUUAUUUUCGAUCUCCUCUACCUCCAGCGCUUCGUUGGCAACGCAGGCGAGGAUGACGACAAGUUCACGUCGCUGGCUAAGAAAGCAGACAUGGCGGGUUUGGACGAAGUCGCGUUGAAUAGGCUAAAGAAGAACGCAGCGGAUUAUGCAAAGAAGACGUACCUGCUCUUCGCGCUGCUAGCUUAG